AUGUUACUACUCUUCGUUUUGCUCUUGGCAAGUUCAGGUUCAUGUCAAGACAGUGAAGGCCCCUACCGUGGUAAACACAUCGGGAAGCUAAACUCGUACCACCAUGAGGUCGGGGGCGACGUGUACGCGGUGGACGACUACACCCUGCUGCUAACAUCGUUUAGUUAUGACGGGAACGGGGCUGACACCUUCUUCUGGGCGGGGGCGUCCAACAGGCCGGGGCCCCAGGGGUUCAUCGUGCCGGACGAAUACGGAAAGACUAACGUUUUGGCGCGUUAUUUGCAAAAAGACUUCACGCUGACGCUCCCCGAUAAUAAAAAAAUCACCGAUAUUAAGUGGUUUGCCAUUUAUGAUCUUUUGAGUCAAAACACUUUCGGGGACAUUUAUAUUCCGGAAGAGUUCGAGCCUCCAACUGUACAAAAAAUACCACAGUUGGCCUCCAAAUCGCAUUCCGUGUCUUCAGGCGCUGUUGAAAUCAUUGACGCUAAGAGAAUCCGACUGAACGAUUUCCGGUACAAUGGACAAGCCAAAGGGGCGCAUUUCUGGGUCGGAGUUGGCGCCCAACCUGUGUCCAAAGGACACAAAGUUCCCGACGAAAACGGAUAUUUGGACCCUCUGCGGGCCUACAAGGGCGAGACCAUCACUCUUGAGCUUCCCGGGGACUUGACAAUAUUCAACAUCGCGUGGUUUAGUGUUUUCGAUCUUGAAACCAACGAAAAUUUGGGUUCUAUUGUUAUACCGGACGGACUUAACGUCCCUCCGUCUCUAGUCAAAGUUAUUCCGCACGAACACCACCUACCUAACUGUUUGCAACUCCAUAAAGAUUUCCAAGUGUCGUGGGACAUUUUUGGGCCACAAAUUACCAUCCAAAUGGCCGGUCAAGUCGAUGAAAAGUCCUACAUGGCCUUUGGUAUGUCUGGGUCAAAGGAACAGAGUCAAAUGUUGGGUUCUGAUGUCACUGUGGCCUAUUUGGACGGGUAUAGAGGCUACGCUACCGACUAUAACAUUACAGCUUUGACUCCUUGUGUCAAAGUUUUGGGACAAUAUAAAGGCGUGUGCAAGGACGAGCUUGUAGGAGGGCAGGACAGCAAUCAAAUGCACACAGCUACGCGAGAAAACGGCAUCAAUAUUAUCACCUUUCGGCGCGCUCUUAUCUCACCCGACCCUGGCGACCAGGAGUACCCCACCGAGGGCUCAAUUUACAUAAUCUGGGCAAUGGGCCGCCUCGACCACAACAAGGAGCCCACUUUCCAUGACAUUUACCCCAAGACCAACAUCAGCAUCGAGCUGCAACCCAAGGAACCUUCAUCUAAUUGUUUCUCCUUCACACGUUCAGACACCCAACUUCGGGAACCUUGGGUCAAAGGCCAGAUCUACGAUAAAACAAUCCGGACUUUUAAAGCCUAUUUGGGGCCUUCGGGUGGCCGAAGGGGCUACCAAGGGACCACCGGCCAAACAUCCACGACACUGGCAUGGUACGUCAACGGGCUGUUAGCCCCCGAAUUGUGGCUGAGGCGGGGCUUGACCUACGCCUUCCGCGUCUAUGGCGGAAACAACCCCCACAGUGCCGAGUUUUAUCACCCCUUGAUUAUCACCGAUGAGCCCCACGGGGGGUUUGAUCGGCUGUCUGACGAAGCUCAGGCCAAAAUUAGGGUUUUGGCGGGGGUGGAGUAUUCCAGGAGGGGGCGGCCACGACCCACUGCAGCGGGUCCGUUGUGUUUGGCCAAACACCAAGACUCGAACGACCGCCGCCUCGAUGAUGACUUUCCAACUUUCAAGAAAUUCAACCGCUCUUUGGUGUACUCCUGUGAAGAAGGCGAGCCGGGGGUUUUGGAGUUCACGCCCAACUCGUCUUGGCCCGAUAUUGUCUAUUACAAUUCGUUUACGCAGUCAAACAUGGGCUGGAAAAUUCACAUAAUUGACAGCUUUUCAUCGCGAACGAACGGAAUUUCUAAAAUGUGUGGAAACAUUUUCGUGUUAGUAUCGAUUUUGUUUGUUAAGCAAUUCGUGUAA